GUUUUAUCCUCUGCAGUGUGCGAUUACUGCAGCACUGGAGACUUAUACACUUGCUGGUUACUGAAGGGCCAGUUUAGGGAGGAUGAGGUCCGGCUGUUUGCUGCAGAGCUGGGCAGUGCGCUUGGAUUUCUGCAUGACUUAGGGAUCAUACAUAGAGACGUAAAGAUGGAGAACAUUCUUUUAAGUGAUCAAGGUCACCUGCGUCUGUCUGAUUUUGGACUUGCACAGCGGCUAAAAAGAGGAGGAAGAGCAUUCACGAUAUGUGGGACGAUCCAAUACAUGGCUCCUGAAGUAUUAAGUGGGGGUCCGUACAAUCACGCUGCUGACUGGUGGUCUUUUGGGGUUAUGCUGUUCUCACUGGUGACAGGAAAGUUUCCAGUACCUGCAGAGCCGGACCACAUCAUCAUGUUAAAAAAGGUCAAGGACUUUCCUUACAUCCUACCUGAGACCUUCAGCUCUGCUCUGAUCUCCCUGCUCACUGAGCUUUUGUGCAAGACUCCAGUGAACCGGCUUCGUAACCUGGAGUGUUUAAAGAUGCAGGCUUUCUUUCGUGGCACUUCAUUUGACUCACUCAUCCUUCAGAAGACGCCUGUUAAAGUCAUCCUGGAGCUGAGGACUCAUCCUGAUUGGCCAGCUAAAGCCUUGAGAGGCCUUUCAUUAGACAUAUUUGAUGACUUUGACUGCGAUAAAAUCUUUCAUUCUCCUUCAACUCCCACUGAACUGUCUCCUACUUUGGCAACCAUGGACCUGGCUACAAAGCAGACGACUGCUCUUAGUGAAGAAGUCAACUGGAAAUAAACUAUAUUUUACUGACACAUUUGAAUUGUUGCGAGUAUAUAAUGAAGCUGUUUGAAAGCUAAGUUAUCUACAUUAUUUAAGAUGUAUCCUAACCUUUUGAAAUGAAUGUUUUGUAAGCAAACAUGUUGUGCUCCUUGGUACAGCAAAUGUCUUAGUGCAUUAUUGAUUUCUAUGUAUCACAUUACCUUUAUUAUUUAUUUGAAUACUUAAGUAUUACCAAAAGUAGUCUGGGUAUAUGUG